CAGGCCGUUCGAGGCGACGGACGCGCGUCAGCCACACGGCUCGAUUUCGAACGCGGCUUUUGAAUACGUAUGGACAUUCGAACGUUUGAUUGGAAAUAUAGUGAUAUUGUUUUGUUUUCUGUUAUCCACCGGUGCCAAAAUGGGAACCAGAAGACCAUUGAGGCGAAGUUUAUUAUUUUUAACGACCCUGUUAGCUGUACAAACAUACACACAAAAAAUAAAAUCAGAUGACAGCAGUAUACAGGGAGUUCCAAGUGAUCUAAGACGAGUAGUUAGCGAAGCAUUGACCUUAGAAAGAAGAUUCAUUGCUGGUAGCAGUGUAACACAGAACUGCUCAACGGACGAUACUGCAGCGAGCAAUAUUCCAUGCCCACCGAGCAAGUACCGUAGCGCCAGCGGAGAAUGUAACAAUGUGAGACACCGCCCUUGGGGCAGACGGGGAGAUAUCUUCUUGAGGCUAAUGCCACCCAAAUAUGCCGAUGGAGUUGCCCAACCGUUAUCACCACCUCAAGUGCCGGAUGCGGCGCUGGUUGUACAUGCCAUGGCUCAGCUGACACAGCCACCAGAUCACGACUACGUGACCAGCAUGCUGGCAGCUUGGGGACAACUACUGAUAGAUGACCUCGUUGCUACUGCCAAUGGGAACAAGGAAUGCAAAGGAUCAGAAUCGAGUUGUGAUUACGAACGCUCAGCGCCUGCAAGAGACAUAGAUUCUUGUGGUUUCGAAUACCGUGAGCAGAUGAACCUGGCUACUUCUGUGCUCGAUGGCUCUGCUCUUUACGGCAGUUCUGAGAAGGAACUGCGCUCACUUCGACUCUACGAUGCUGGCAAACUCGACAUGGCUUCAUGUCGAAAAUGCAACGACGCUAGUCCCACUGCACCUCUAUAUAAGGCACUUCUAGCAGAACACAAUCGCAUAGCCGGAGAACUAUACUCACUGAACCCGUUCUGGGACGAUACCACUUUAUAUCUGGAAACUAGGAGAGCAAUGGCAGCCAUCAUCCAGCACAUAACGUACAACGAAUUCUUGCCCGUCCUACUAGGCGAGGUGGGGAUGGCUAAAGCUGAAUUGAAAUUGCAAUCGCUUGGUUUCUGGCGUGGAUACUCGAGCGCCAACAGAGCCGGCACUUAUACAGAGUUGAUCGCAGUUGCGCCGAUCUUUUUAGCUAUGAUGAAUGAGAAACUUACGAACUCGAGUGCUACCGUGGAGCAGCUGAUUGCAACAGCGGCACACCGUCCCGCGCGAUUACCAACGCGUGCUCGCUGGCACGUGCGACGAUCUCGCGACCACGGCGUACCGUCUUAUGUUCGAACGCUACGUCUCUGUGAGCCCACCUCUAGCGCUACCCUCACUGGCUUCGGAGACAUGGCUCGGCUGGGCUUCGAUAGAGCACACGUCGAAAUGUUGGCUGAUAUGUACAGAAAUAUUGAAGAUGUAGAAUUGGCGAUUGGUGGUGCUAUGGAAAAGCCAGCAACUGGGGCUGUUAUUGGAUCAACGCUAGCUUGUGUUCUUGCACUCCAAUUCGCUAAUUUGAAGAAAAGUGAUAGGUUCUGGUAUGAAAACGACAUUCCGCCAUCUUCAUUCCUGCCAGAACAAUUGGGCGCCAUUAGAAAAGUUUCACUGGCUGGAUUACUCUGCUCUGCUGAUGAUACUAUAGCAAACAUUCAACCUAAGGUGUUCAUCAAAGAAGAUCCUUACUUAAAUGCCGGACAGCAGUGCUCACAACACAGCCGUUUGGAAAUGGCAGCAUGGCGUGAUGAAAGCGGUGCUCGGGCCGCCGAACAACUCUCGCAGGAUAUGGUCGCCGCUGCGUUGCAGAAGGCCAAGCAGGAGAUGGCUGACAGAAAACGACUUGAAUAUAUGCUUUGGGAAUCUCGUGGUGGUGCUGACCCUAAGUCCCCCGUAGGCACAGCAGCCUCUUUCUCGAAGGCUAACAAAUAUGCCUUGAAAUUAGCUAAUACAUCACUUUUCUUUGAAUUUGCAACCAACGAACUACUCAACACUAUUCAUAGUGGGAAUCGCCGUCGUAAACGUCAAAUCUUUGACGACUCCCUCAGUUUCGCUAGUGCAAAUGAUUUCGCAGACUCAUUGCAAUCCGUGGAUGUCAGUGGAUUUAUUGGGAAGGACCAGUUAGGACCGAGCAUCGAGCCAGGCUGUGACGACCAAGGACCCUGCAAUCCUGACAGUCCUUUCAGAACAUAUACUGGACACUGUAAUAAUCUCAGAAACCCAAACUUGGGGAAGAGUUUAACUACCUUUGCUAGAUUGCUGCCUCCUGUUUAUGAAGAUGGUGUCAGCCGGCCUCGUAUUAACUCUGUCACGGGUACACCACUGCCAUCACCACGUGUAGUAUCUACGGUGAUCCACCCGGACAUCUCUAAUCUGCACACUCGGUAUACACUGAUGGUGAUGCAGUUUGCGCAGUUCGUGGACCACGAACUCACCAUGACCCCCAUUCACAAAGGUUUUCACGAGUCGAUCCCAGACUGUCGCUCGUGCGACUCACCACGGACAGUUCACCCGGAGUGUAAUCCAUUCCCGGUGCCGAGAGGAGACCAUUACUACCCCGAGGUCAAUGUGACUUCUGGGGAGAGACUCUGCUUCCCCUUCAUGAGGAGUUUGCCUGGACAACAACAACUAGGUCCCCGCGAGCAAGUGAACCAGAAUACAGCCUUCAUCGAUGCGUCGGUAGUGUAUGGCGAGAACCCAUGCAUCGUGCGGACCCUGCGUGGAUUUAAUGGCCGCAUGAACGCCACCGAACACCCACUCAACGGAAAGCACCUGCUGCCCAGGUCGAACCAUCCCGAGUGCAAGUCGAAUAGUGGACUAUGUUUCAUUGCUGGUGAUGGACGGGCUUCCGAGCAGCCAGGUCUCACUGCCAUACAGACAGUGUUCAUGCGCGAACACAACCGUCUCGUAGAAGGACUUCGUGGCGUCAACCCUCAUUGGGACGCGGAACUACUGUUCGAGCACGCUCGUCGCAUCCUCGCCGCAGAGUUUACGCAUAUCAUCUACAAUGAGUUCUUGCCCAGGCUGCUCUCAUGGAACGCCGUCAAUUUGUAUGGACUGAAACUGUUGCCUUCAGGUUAUUACAAAGAGUACUCACCGACCUGCAACCCAGCCAUCGUCACGGAAUUCGCAUCGGCCGCUUUCAGGAUUGGCCAUUCGUUACUAAGGCCGCACCUGCCUCGUCUCUCGCCCACAUACCAACCAGUCGACCCACCGAUAUUACUCAGGGAUGGAUUCUUCAAAACUGACAUAUUUAUGGCGCAUCCAGCAAUGGUCGAUGAACUAACCCGCGGUCUAUCAUCAACGCCCAUGGAAACACUCGACCAAUUCAUCACUGGUGAAGUCACCAACCAUCUCUUCGAAGACCGCCGCAUUCCAUUCUCAGGCAUCGACCUGAUUGCAUUGAAUGUCCAAAGAGCUAGAGAUCACGGUAUACCGAGCUAUAACAACUACAGAGCGCUUUGUAAUCUCAAGAGGGCAGCCACGUUUGAAGACUUAUCUAGAGAAAUUCCUGAUGAAGUAAUCGCAAGACUUAAGAGGAUAUAUCCCACUGUGGAUGAUAUUGACCUGUUCCCCGGCGGAAUGAGCGAGCGGCCACUGCAGGGCGGUUUAGUAGGACCAACCUUUGCUUGCAUCAUCGCCAUACAAUUCAGGCAGCUGAGGAAAUGCGACAGAUUUUGGUAUGAAAAUGACAAUCCGGCAGCAAGAUUCACAGAACACCAAUUGGCCGAAAUCAGAAAAACUACCCUCUCUAAGUUAAUCUGUGACAAUUUCGAUGAAGAAAGUGAUAUACAACGGGCCUCCUUCGACUUACCCAGUGACUUCAAUCCCCGCGUACCGUGCGCAUCUCUACCGAAGUUGGAUCUGUCGGCGUGGCGUGAGAGUUCUGCACAAGGCUGCCUUAUCGCAGGUCGAUCUGUCGCCGUUGGGGACUCCGCCUUCCCCUCGCCUUGUACCUCCUGCAUAUGCACCGUAGAAGGAGCGCAGUGCGCGUCUCUGCGUAUAACGGACUGCGCGCAGCUGCUGCGUGAGUGGCCGCGAGAAGCGGUGGUGCGCGACGACGUGUGCGCGGCGCAGUGCGGCGCGGCGGCCGCGCGCGCCCCGCACCUGCACGCGCCGCCCCCGCCCCCGCCGCCCGCCCACGCGCGCGCCCCCCGCCGCCCCUCACUCAACUUCAAGUUCCCCGACCUCACCCCCUUCGUCGCCAAGUGAACCCCGACCGCCAGCACUUGGUGAACCCUUGUGAAGUUACGGUUACCGGAUUAUAAUAUAAGCCGAGGCUUAAUUACGUAGUGACAAUUCUCAAUUGUAAGACUAAAAUCGAGGUAUAACAUUUUAUAUGAACAAUCUCCGAGUUGCAGUAGGAAGGUGAUUAUUAUUAUUAUUAUUAUAUUAUAAUUACAAAAUUGUAUAUUUUACUCAUAUUGUAAUUGUUAGUAAGAAACGAUUUUUUUUAUUUAAAUGAAUGUGUUAAUCCAA